AAAAUUGUUAUUUAUUUUUAAAGCCUAUGAAAAAAGUGCUUAAUUAAGAGAGAUAAUAUUAGUGAAAAUUUCACAUCAAAUGGAUCGUCGUAAAGUGUGUAAAUUCUAAAUGAACAUACGACAUAUUUAUACGUUGAGUUUUCCUUGCCGUUAAAUAAGUUCCAAAUGCAGUAAAGUUACGCAGAGUAUUUUUAAAAAGUAUUUUGCUUAAGUCUUUUGCUUCACCGUCGUGGGUGUUGUUCACAAUAACCUUUGCUAACGCAUUUAUUUGGUUUGACCAAAUCAAUUAAAUUCUAAACGUGAUGAGAGUGGCAACGAAUAUGGAAGUAACUUGGUUGCUGUUACUUUGUUACUCUUGCAAUGUGUAUUCUCAUAUACGUCUUGAGGCUCCCGAGGCACAUCAUUUACCCGCAAAAGUUUUCUUAUCAUUUUUACGUACUGCAGUAGAAAGUAUGCCGUCCGAUAGCCCUAGCGGGGAAUUAAGUCGCACGGUUCCUAGAUUUGGCGACAUGUUCUUGCCGCUGCGCAGUGCUGUAGAGAGCAUACCUAGUGUUAAUAAAAAAACAAUAGCAGAGUUAAAAGACAAUCCUUCUCAUAGAGAUUUCAUCCGCGAUGCUGUUGAGUCUUUGCCCAUUGAAGACAAGGACGACGAAGAAUUUCUAGACGAAGAAUCCUAUUCGUCUGAUGUCAAAAAAAGCGAGAUGGAUCUAGUCGAGUCCGAGAAAUUUGUGGAAACUAUGAGCCCGGAAGUUGAGACGUUUUAUCAAAGAGAUCCAUGGUUUAAAACCGACAAAUAUGCUGCUUUUGUGUUACCCAGUUUAUAUAGAGACCAAGUGGACACAUUUUCACCACAACCUUAUCGCUCGGACUCGCCGUUUCAACAGUUGGUAAAGAAUUCCGAAGUCAGGGACCUACAUCAAGUCGACAAUAGACCUUUAUUUUUUGAUAGAUUAACUAAUGCGGACAAUAAAUGCGAGGACCGUCCUUAUGGUGCUUUAGCUCAUAUCAAAUUUCCUAAUCCAAAGGACUCUCCUAAAAGUUUCAAUACUUCCCCUGAAGUCUUGUGUUAUAUGACUAAUUGGGCUUUCUAUAGGCAGGGUGUCGGACAGUUUAUUCCCGAGCGUCUUGAUAGAAGAUUGUGCACUAAAAUAAUAUAUUCUUUUGCUUCUUUGGAUCCGGAUCAUUUAAAUAUAAAAGAAUUCGAUCCGUGGGUUGAUAUUGAUAAUCAGUUCUAUAAACGUGCCGUUUCUUCGGGCAUUCCAGUGCUAAUAGCAUUAGGUGGUUGGACGGAUUCAGCUGGCGAUAAAUAUUCUCGCUUAGCUUCGGAUGAGAUCAGAAGACGUGUAUUCGCUUCUAAUGUAGCCGGUUUCUUGAGAAGACAUGGUUUUUCCGGGUUACAUUUAGAUUGGAAUUAUCCUAAAUGUUGGCAAAGCGAUUGCUCCAAGGGACCUGCUAGCGAUAAACCAAAUUUAACAAAAUUAGUGCGCGAAAUACGAGCCGAAUUUGAUAAAAAAUUUAAGCUAGGAGUAUCCAUUUCAGGGUAUAAAGAGAUCAUUACGGAAGCCUACGAGCUUGCUGAUCUCUCGAAACUGGUUGAUUAUCUAACUGUCAUGACUUACGAUUAUCAUGGCGCUUGGGAGGGACAAACUGGUCACGUGAGCCCUUUAUAUGGUCGUAAAAGGGAUAGAUAUCCUCAGUACAAUACCGAUUAUACUAUGCAACUUUUGCUGAAGCUAGGAGCCAAAAGAGAACGUAUUAUUAUGAGCAUUCCUUUUUAUGGUCAGUCAUUCACAUUACAAAAGGAUUACACUUCAUUAAUAGGGGAAGGAGUAAGAUCUCAGGGACCUGGUGAAGCGGGGGAGAUUACCAAGCAACCCGGUAUGUUGGCUUACUAUGAAAUUUGUCAACGAAUACGAAAAAAUAAAUGGUUGGUCGGUCGAGAUGCGGAACGCAAGGCGGGACCAUUUGCUAUGCUACGUAAUCAGUGGGUGAGCUUUGAGGAUGCAGCUUCCGUAGAAGCUAAGGCGCGUUAUGCUGUAAAUAUGGGUUUUGCUGGAGUAGCAGCAUGGACAAUCGAUUUAGAUGAUUUUCAAAAUCGCUGCUGCAGUGAAUCUUUUCCUUUAUUGAGUGCUAUUAAUCGCGCAUUAGGUCGUUUAAAUACCCCACCUCCCACCCAACUAAACUGCAUACAGCCGCCCAAACCAGUAACACCUCCACCACCAGUAAUGACUACUAUGAGUAGUGAUGGCGCUUCCCAUACCCAGCAUACAACCCCCAACAUUGUACAAACAAAUCAGCGCCCGUCAACCAUUACCAGCACUACCAUCGCAGCAGCGAAAAAACCCACCACUAGCAGAUCAACAACUACUCUUAGAACUACGCGUUUACCUUUGACUUCAACGCCUCCUCAAAAUAAUGAAAGACCGACUAGGAUACCGGCACCAGCUGUAGUACGCCCCGUUUUACACAUAUCCAAUUGUACCACUGGGCAAUAUUUUGGUGAUCGCGUAAAUUGCAAUGCUUAUUAUCAAUGCAUAAUGCCCGGAGAAUUACGUAAGCAAUAUUGUCCGGGGGGACUCCAUUGGAAUAGACAAAAUAAAAUUUGCGAUUGGCCAGCAGCUGCGAAAUGCGUGCCUUCUAAAAAAAAACCAAAUACGACUUACGCACCAGUACCAGUAAAGACAACGGAGCGUACAACGGCAACAACUGUUAAUUGGACCACCCCACGACCUUUCAAACCCAUAAAUCACCAAACUACUCAGAAACCGAUGAAGCAAUGUAGCGAAGGGAAGUAUUACACCCACCGCCAUUGUAGUAAAUACUACAUUUGUGUAAACAAUGCUUUGGUCCCAAAUUCUUGUGGCGGCAAUUUGCAUUGGGACGCCAUUCGUAAAACUUGUGAUUGGCCUGAAAACGUAAAGUGCGUUACAACUAAGCAUUAUUUACGUCUUGUACAAUCCAAAGCCAUACCUGAAGAUCCAUGUAACGGUGAAGAAAUAGUUCCCUACCCAGGCGACUGUACGAAAUUUUUAUUUUGUUUAUGGAAUCGUUUUCAGGCCGGUGAGUGCGGUCCUGGCUCCCAUUUUAAUGCAGAAACUGGGAUGUGUGAUUGGCCCAAUUCAGCAAGAUGUACGGAUGAUGCCUCUGGUAGUGAAACAAAUGGAAUAGUAAAUAGACCUUUAGAGCCUAGACCGGCACCUACAACACAUAAACCUGUCAUGAUCACCACCUCAUCGCCGCCCACUCAUCUCACACAGAAACCUUCCGUUCAGCCCGUAAGUGGUUAUUAUAGGAUUGUUUGCUAUUUCACUAAUUGGGCUUGGUAUCGCCGUGGAAUGGGACGCUACACACCUGAUGACAUAGACACUAAUCUCUGUACACACAUUGUUUAUGGGUUCGCAGUGUUAGAUUAUUCUGAAUUAGUUUUAAGAACACACGAUUCAUGGGCUGAUAUCGACAACAGCUUUUAUACCAGGGUCAGUGGCUUGAAAAGUAAAGGCAUCAAAGUUAGUUUGGCGUUGGGUGGCUGGAAUGAUUCGCAAGGAGAUAAAUAUAGUCGUUUGGUAAGAAAUUCUGCAGCCCGUGGACGGUUUGUUAGACAUGCCGUUGAAUUUUUAGAAAGGUAUGGUUUUGAAGGUUUGGAUUUGGAUUGGGAAUAUCCGGUUUGCUGGCAAACUGAAUGUCGUAAAGGUAUGCCCGAUGAAAAACAGGGUUUUGCCGCUUUAGUACAAGAACUUUCCGAGGCGUUCACACCACGCGGUCUAUUGCUGUCUGCGGCUGUUUCACCCAGCAAAAAGAUUGUUGACGAAGGCUAUGAUGUUCCUGUUUUGUCUAGAUAUUUCGAUUGGAUUGCCGUGAUGACCUAUGAUUUUCAUGGGCAAUGGGAUAAAAAAACCGGACACGUAGCGCCAUUAUUUUUUCAUCCCGACGAUGACAUAGCAUAUUUUAACACAAAUUUCUCAAUUAAUUAUUGGAUUCAAAAAGGUGCUCCAUCACGAAAACUUGUGCUGGGUAUGCCGUUGUAUGGACAAUCAUUUACUUUGGAAAAUGUUUAUAAUAAUGGAUUGAACUCCAAGGCUUCGGGCCCAGGACAAGCAGGGGAAUUCACCAGAGCCCCUGGCUUCCUCGCUUAUUAUGAGAUAUGUGAUCGUGUUAAUCAUCAAAAUUGGAAAGUUGUUCAGGAUAAACAUAGUCGUAUGGGACCUUACGCUUUCAAAGGAAGUCAAUGGGUUUCUUAUGAUGACUCACGUAUGAUACAAAAAAAAGCGCAAUUAAUACGAGCCUUAGAUUUAGGUGGUGGCAUGGUUUGGGCUCUGGACUUAGAUGACUUUCGUAAUCGAUGCGGCGAAGGUGUCCAUCCAUUGUUAACUCAGAUACACGAUGUUUUAAGAAAUCCUCCAAGUGAUUAUGAAUCAACAUCCGAUUUAAUUUCGUUCGAAAUGGAGUUUGACACAGAGAUAAAUAGUGCGCAACAAGUAUCUUCUGAAUCAGAGUGGGAUAGCGAAAGUUCUCCUGAAGAAGUGAAUAUUAUUGAAGAGGAAGACGAAGAUGUAGAGGGUUUCGAAGUUAUUUCUAGUGCUGAACUGACGCCUACUUUAGAACCUUCCUUAUCUAAUGACUUCAAAGUUGUAUGUUAUUUUACUAAUUGGGCUUGGUAUCGCCAAAAUGGAGGUAAAUACUUACCUGAGGAUAUUGAUGGCCGGUUGUGCUCCCACAUUGUCUACGGUUUUGCUGUACUAAAUCGUGAAACCCUUACUAUUCAGCCUCACGACUCGUGGGCUGACUUAGACAAUCAUUUCUACGAACGCGUCGUAACGUAUCGUUCCAAAGGCAUUAAAGUCAGUGUAGCUAUAGGUGGCUGGAAUGAUUCGGCUGGCGAUAAAUACGCUCGGCUUGUUAGAAGUGCAGCUGCUAGAUCACAUUUUAUAAGAAACGUUAUUGAUUUCAUGGAAAAAUAUGGUUUUGAAGGCCUGGACUUGGACUGGGAAUAUCCAGUGUGUUGGCAAGUUGACUGCAAGAAAGGUCGCCCCGACGAAAAGGAAGGUUUUAAACAAUUGGUGAUUGAGCUAUCCGAAGCCUUUAAAGCCAAGCAUUGGUUGCUUUCCUCAGCUGUCUCACCCAACAAAAAGGUAAUUGAUGCAGGCUAUGACGUGACGCAAUUAUCUGAAUAUUUAGAUUGGAUUGCUGUUAUGACAUAUGAUUAUCAUGGACAAUGGGAUAAGAAAACUGGGCACGUGGCCCCUAUGUACGGUUAUCCUGGCGAUGUAGAAAACUUUAAUGUUAACUUUUCGAUUAAUUAUUGGUUACAAAAGGGAGCGGAACGCAAAAAAUUGAUUAUGGGUAUGCCAAUGUAUGGGCAAUCCUUUACCUUAGCUCAGGCCAGCGAUCACGGGUUAAAUGCUCCUUCUUACGGCGGCGGAGAGGCAGGGGAGGCUACAAGAGCUCGUGGUUUUUUGUCCUAUUAUGAAAUUUGCACGUAUAUACAGAAGCGUGGCUGGAACGUUGUCAGAGAUCCACGAGGACGUAUGGGCCCAUACGCUUUUUUGCGUGAUCAGUGGGUUUCUUUUGAUGAUGCGCCUAUGAUACAACAUAAGUCAGAAUACGUAAAAGCAAUGGGCUUAGGUGGGGCUAUGAUUUGGGCUUUAGAUUUAGAUGAUUUCAAGAACGUGUGUAAUUGUGAAUCCUAUCCCUUAUUAAAGGCUAUUAACCGUAUCUUGAGAAAUUACUCUACGCCGCAACCGAAUUGUUUGCUGGAAAAAAGAGAUAAAACUAUGAUUGCCGACUACGAAGGCAAGCCACCUUCAUCACAUACAUCUAAGCCGACUGUUGGUAAUAGUCCCGUAACACCAGUUAUCUCUUUCAAACCUACCAAGCCUAUACAAAUCUUUCCGGACUCACCAACGGAAUGUCAUGGUAAAUCAUAUGCCUCGCAUCAACACGACUGCAACAAGUAUUAUAUAUGUCAAUACGGAGAGUUUGUGGAACAAAAAUGCCCAUCAGGAUUACAUUGGAAUGAAAAUUAUUGCGAUUGGCCUCAAUCUUCUAGAUGUACGACUCGUAAUCCUGAAACUACCAGUGAAACUCUUCACUCAGCAUUUGUUACGCAUAAAUCCGCUAAAAAACCGGGUAUAAUUCUUAAUAAAAAGCCUGCAUACCGACCGAAACCUGUUCCAGAUCUCACGCCCUUAAACAAUUCCGAAAACUUUAAAGUGGUAUGCUACUUCACCAACUGGGCAUGGUAUCGAUCUGGACAGGGCAAAUUCAUACCCGAAAAUAUAGAUGAAAAUCUCUGCACACAUAUAAUUUAUGGUUUUACUAUAUUGAAUAACAACACGUUGACCAUAAAAACGCACGAUGUCUGGGCUGAUAUUGAUAACAGAUUUUAUGAACGUGUAGUGGCCUAUAAGAAAAAGGGCAUACGUGUUACUGUUGCCAUAGGUGGUUGGAACGAUUCUUCAGGCAAUAAAUAUGCGCGCUUGGUUUCGAAUCCAAAGGCCCGUAAACGUUUUAUAGAAAGUGUCUUGAAGUUUAUUGAAAGAUACGGCUUCGAAGGUUUAGACUUGGAUUGGGAAUACCCAGUUUGUUGGCAAGUUGAUUGCUCGAAAGGAUCCGAAAGAGAAAAGGCAUCUUUUACUGCUUUGGUACGUGAACUCCACGAGGCUUUUAAGUCACGUUCUCUUUUGCUCUCGGCGGCCGUGUCACCUAGUAAAAUGGUCAUCGACGCUGGUUACGAUGUGUCCAGCUUAGCUCAUUAUUUUGAUUGGAUCUCUAUCAUGACUUACGACUUCCACGGUCACUGGGAUAAAAAAACCGGGCAUGUUGCGCCUUUGUAUUCUGUAUUAGGUGACAAUGAUUACAAUAGCAAUUUCAGUGUAAAUUAUUGGAUAGCUAAAGGUGCACCUUCACAAAAACUUGUAAUGGGUAUACCUUUGUAUGGCCAAGCGUUUACACUUGCUGAAGAUUCUAAAUGUAGUCUUAAAAACAAAACUCUAGGCCCUGGUCGCGCUGGUCUCUACACAAGGUCCAGAGGCUUUUUAUCUUAUUACGAAAUAUGUGAACAGAUUAGCAAUGGCGGUUGGACGGUAAUGCGUGAUUCUGAAGGUCGUAUUGGUCCGUACGCUUGUAGAGGUAAUCAGUGGGUUUCUUACGACGAUGUAGAAGAUAUACGUCGUAAAUCUCAGUAUAUCAGAAGAAUGCGUCUCGGUGGCGCCAUGGUGUGGGCUUUGGACCUCGAUGAUUUCCGUGGUCGUUGCGGUUGCGGUAGAUAUCCUUUGUUAAGGACUAUAAAUCACGAAUUACGUGGUUUUUCUGGUCAGAAAGUGAAUGAUUGCACGUAAGCUGAACUUAAAGUAUUGGAAAUUAGUUGUGAAGAGAGAAUAAUUAGUUUGAAAAAAAAACUGAUCGAGAAAAGCAUGUCAUUGACAGUUUAGAAGAACGCUCUAACUCUAAUAUUAAUUACAUAUCGUUGAGAUUAAAGACCUACGGGAAUCAAGUAUGUCACUAAUAUGGCCUUUAGAUAAUGAAAAUU